AUGCUGCGGGACGAUUUACUGUCAUUCAGAUACGAGACUGACUUGCAAGGCUGGUCUAAUGACGCAGACGGGAUAAAGUUGUAUACAACAAAAGAUGAUCCGAUCAACAAGCUGCUACCAGGCACAUUUGUAAGUCGCCCGCUUGCAAAAGACACCAAAUCCGAACAAUGCUUUGAGCUGGCAAAAUACUGGAUGAAGACGUGUCUAGAGAGCCACGGGUCAAUAUGUGCCGGCACACAGUCCACAUUACCGGCACGGGUUGUCGAUGUUGGAAACAAUAAUUCACCAACCGUCUCUCUUCACGUUUCGACCGGUGAGCUUGGAGAAUGGUUGACCCUAAGCCAUUGCUGGGGCAAUGCCCGGAUUCGGCUUACAACGACAGCCAACCUUAUGUCCCGAACUGGUAGCUUUGCCUACUCACGGCUUCCCAAGUCUUUCCGAGAUGCUAUUUUUAUUACCCGAAAGCUCGGCUAUCGAUAUAUCUGGAUCGACUGCCUUUGCAUCGUCCAAGAUUGUGAUGAAGAUUGGCAGAGAGAGUCGGUCAAAAUGGCAGAGAUAUACGCAAAUUCUGUCCUCACUUUAAGUGCCGAUGCUGCGACUGAUCCCCACAAAGGUAUCUUCAAAAGUGCCAACAAAAUCCCGCCUCGACUAUAUGGCCAUGGCCGCAAGGAGAAUUUGGUGAGAUUGCCAGUGUUCAGUCCUCCCACUACGGCUAGCUCGAGCAUCUUCGCAAGCCCUCAUAACUGGAGACUUUCUCGCGAGGGACUCUGCUACCUGCAGCGAAGGGUCUGGCAUUCCAGGAGGCAGCUUUAUCCCGACGACGCCUACGCUACACAUUAA